GCCUCGCCUCGGCUCAGGCUCCGCCCAGCUGCCCCAGGUCGUCACAGUCUCUUGCCAGCGCAGAGGUUCGGUCUCCAGGUCUGCUGGCCGGAGGCAUGCGGGCGCCAGUACUUCUGCUGCUGCUGCUGCUGCUGCUGGCCGGAGCCGUGCCGCAUUCCACGAAGCGGUCCCUCGUGCCACCGCGCGUCAACGUGAGUCUGGAUGAGGCACCCGCCGCUCGCUGGCUGCCGGCGCUGCGUCUCUUUGACCCGGGCCUGGUGCGCUCCGCGGUGGCACUGAUCGUGGGAGACAGAGUCCCCAAGUGGGUCCUCGAGGUGAUCGGAAAGUUGGUGGCAGAAAUGGAGAGCUUUCUGCCUCAGCCCUUCACGGAGGAGAUUCGCGGCAUUAGCAACUUUCUGAACCUCAGCCUGACUGAUGGUCUUCUCAUCAACCUGGCCUACGAGUCCUCUGCAUUCUGUACCAGUGUUGUAGCCCAAGACUCCAGAGGCCACAUUUAUCAUGGUCGAAAUCUGGACUAUCCUUUUGGAGAGCUUCUACGCAAGCUGACAGUGGAUGUGCAGUUCUUAAAGAAUGGGCAGAUUGCAUUCACAGGAACUACUUUUAUUGGUUACGUGGGAUUGUGGACUGGUCAAAGCCCACACAAGUUCACAGUGUCUGGUGAUGAGCGAGAUAAAGGCUGGUGGUGGGAGAAUGCGAUUGCCGCCCUCUUCCAGGGCCACUCUCCUGUCAGUUGGCUCAUCCGCACUACCCUGAGUGAGUCAGAAGACUUUGAAACAUCCGUUUAUAAAUUGGCCAAGACUCCCCUUAUUGCUGAUGUUUAUUAUAUUGUUGGUGGCACAGCCCCUCGGGAAGGAGUGGUCAUCACUAGGAACAGAGGGGGCCCAGCAGACAUUUGGCCUCUAGAUCCUUUGAAUGGAGCGUGGUUCCGAGUUGAAACGAAUUAUGACCACUGGAAGCCAGUGCCUAAGACAGAUGACCGAAGAACACCUGCUAUCAGAGCUCUGAAUGCCACAGGGCAGGCAAACCUCAGCCUGGAGGCACUGUUCCAGGUUUUAUCAGUGGUUCCAGUUUAUAACAAGUAAGUCACAUGAAACCCAAGAAGAAUAGCAUUUAAAUGACAAUGACCACAGAGCCAGGUGCCUACUCCCAGACCCUCCCUGGUGACGAUGAACCCCCAGAAGGCAGAGGGUUGUGAGCUUAUCUGAGUGGACUCUGUACCACACUGCCUCCUAGUUCUGGGUUUCAAACUCACAUCCUCCCUCACAAGUACUCUAUCCUUUGGUGUUCAGUAGAGGAAGUCUUAGAACAGAAAAGGACUGUGGGUAAAGGCCUGUAGUCCUAGCUAGGGCCUGUGAGGGACCCUCCAUAAGUGUUGGAUAAACUCCAUGCUGUGCACAGUGCUGUUGCAGCUGGCUCUGCCUACUUAGCACCCCAGGUCCCAGUGCUGCAGCAUGUCUUCCUCCAUUCCCAACACAGGAAGGAGCAGGAAUGCAGGCUAGCCUAUGUGUGUGUGUGUGUGUGUGUGUGUGUGUGUGUGUGUGUGUGUGUGUGUGUAUGUGUGUGUACACAUAUGCCCAGGUCACUUGGGUCUCUUGCUGUCAGACUGUAGAACAAGUGACAUUGCACUUGUCCUCCUUGGACCUGGCCAGGGACAUCUGAGCUUCCAGCCUUCUAGCCCUUCCCUUCUUGAUAAGAUGCAUAGCCAGGCCCAUGCAGAAUGUGGACCAAGACCUAGGACCCUCUGCGUGAACAGUCUUCUCCCCUGCAUGGUCUCCUGAUGGUGGUGGCAGCCACAGUGGAUGUGGGGGCUAAAGGAUAAAGACCCCUUGAGGGGCAGGAUGGAGCCAGGGUGAAAGCCUGGCUGGCUAUCAGGGCUGCAGCAUGGAGCUACGAGGAAUGUAAGAAUCUAAAAUCACAAAUUGGCUUCUAAGGUAUUGUCAAAGUACACUUUGAAUUCAUGAUUCACACACUGUAAACCUUUACAUGGGUCUCUGUCUGUAUCCUUGUCCUAGAACCCAAGUGUUCAGGAUGGCCUUGACACUUCUGCCUUCUUUUGGAAUAUUAGGGGGAA